AAUCAUUUUUUGUUAAUGGUCGAUAUGAUCAAACAUGAUCAACAAUCAUAUAAUGUUAAUAGUUUGUGAAAUGUACGUUUAUUUAUCUAUUUAUUAAAAAGAGAUGGUUUUCGCCGAUGUUGCAUGUUUUUCGUUCAAGUAACUUUUUAUAAAUAGAUCGUAACAUCUCUUUAAUUGCUAUUAUUUUUCGAUCUCACGGUUAUAAACUUCGAGCCAAACGUAUUUACAACCUAAUAGCUAUAAUUUGAUGUUUUGUGCGGUGUUAAAAUCGAAAGUUUCAUUCGAUAUCGGAAGCUUUGAACAGUUGCACCAUUAAUGAGCUACUACACUGUACCAACACGACAAUCACGUUUCUGGACAAGCCCUUAAAGAAAUAAGUAUUAUUAUUUAUCGACUUCUCAGGCUCAUAAUAGUACAUCGUGCCAUUGAUCGACAAGCAUAUGAUCAUCAUUGCUGUCGUCCAUGGCAGAAAUAGACAGAUCAUUUCACGUUUGCUAUCAAUAUUUUCAUCUCGGCGGUAAUGUCGGCGAAAGUUGUUUUGCUGCACCUUCUUCUAGUUGGUGGAAAUGGGCAGAAAACUUAAUAAUUGGUAGUCAAGUAGUAGCAGCACGGCUAUUUCUAAUAGUUGGAUUGGACCAUCUCGUCAUAUCAAUGUAACAUUAUUCACGUUUUUCUUCUGUUGAUCACUGCAUCAAACAUGAAAUCUCCCAAAUCUGACAAAAUGUUUCGGAUAACGUUUCAUCAACCCCUCAUCAAAUGUACGUGCUGAUAUCUUCGUUAGAUCUUUGUUUUAUCAAUGGCGGUGUUGCACAAAAUCUGGUUGAUUGACGUCCAUCAAAAUGCGACAUCCAGUAAUCAUUUCACUUUCGUUGCAAAGAGAAAGGUGUUUUUGGGAAGACCUUUACAUUUCUUACCGUCUUGUUUGCCAGUUGUGUCCAGUAGCCGCUCCUUUACUUAUUAUCGAUGGCGAAAGAACCGAUAUGUUCGCUUCACCUGGGGGACACUAAAACAAGGGUUUUGUACUUGUUGUCCACGCGGAUGGGAUUAAAACCGGUCCCGUUUGCGUAAUAUCUUCCUUCUUCGAACUGUCAAAACAUGACGAAUGUCGUGCGUUGCCAAGAAGCUAGUGUUUUUUUCUCUCACCCCAGGCUUCGGGUUAUGCCAAAUGUGGCAAAUGUGGGAAUGCUUCCGUGUGCUGCAUCACACCUGCCCUCUGUAUGUAACCUCAGACGAAAGUUACCAUUGCUAAGAUAUAAACGUUCCCGCACGUACGCAUUCGUGCAACAUGCGGCUACUUUGUCUGCAAAACAGACCCGCUGGGGGUCUUAUCGUUCGUGUGCAGUUGGGUUAAAAUGCUACAAGAUUUGGCAAACCAUUGACCAGUCGUAUGCAUUUAUUUUCUACUGCUGUGGGUUGUUUAUCCGGUUGCAAAGGUUUUGUGUCCUUUCACUUGUACGAUCUUUUAACCCUAGGUGCUUACUAAAGUAUGAUGUUGAAUAAAUUGUUAUCUAAGAUCAUGCUGAUACUACGCGGAUGCUUAGCAAGUGAUUUUAUUAACAAGAAGACGGCUUUUCAACGCGAGGCAACGACACUAUUGCCACGAUGCAUAUUGCGAUGUAAUAUUAUCGAUUAUGUCGUCGAGUAGUUCCUGUUAAUUUGUCAAAUGUUCAUCGCUACCAGCUUGUUAGUGCACUUUCCUAUUCCUUAAUGACGCUGAGAGGAGAACUCACACAGCGUAUGAUGCUGUGACAACGAACAUUCAAAUUCAAUCCGUAGAGGUGAGGAGGAUUAGAUAACGUUAUCUAAAAAAUCGUGACUUCCACCUUGGGAUCUAAUCAUGUCCGAAGAGAGUUUAUCUCUCUUCAUUUAGGGAAUAUUAUUCGAAUUGUUUGGAAUCACACGAGUUAAAUUAAUUUUCUUAACUUUCGUGUUUUAUUGACAUGUUUCAGUUGAGUUUUGAGUAUAAACAAGACAUACAAUAAGUGUCAGAGUAUAUUAUUUAUUAUUGUAUAUCUCCACGCAUGCAUUAAUUUAUUCGAUUUUCCCAAUCUCUCACAAUUAGAUUGGUCUUUUGUACCAAACGGCGUAAAGAGUAUAAUAAUAAAAAGAUUCCGCUCAGUUCCAACCCCUUUUCACUUUCAGUCAGUCAGUCAAAGUUUUUUGUUUCCUCCCAAAAUCAGUCUCGCUUCUAUCAUGCGGGCAUGAAAUAAUAAAUACAUUUCCAAAAGUUAGCUCAUUUCAACCAAGACGAACGACACCGCCAAUUUUUUAGCGGCGAGGAAAGAAAAUUUUCCUCUAUCAGCACCAUGCCGGUAGUUACACACCCAGUUGCGUUCCUCGAAUGAAUCCAUUAAGCCGCUGAUUCUGUUUUUGCCAUUUUUUCAUCUUUUUCCUGUCUAGUUUCAAAUGUGCAUAUUUCCUGCCGGUCUCUUAAACAAUGCAAACACAGAGGCAAGCGCAUACUGCGCGAUUUUAUGGAUCGCAAAAUUGCAACGCUUUUUAUGGCUUUCACGUGAUCUGUUUUUUAUGUACCAAUGCAAAGUUGUUCGCAUCAAGUGUGGCCCGGAACACAACGAGCAAAAUGGUAACCGAUAAUGCGUUUUACUGUUUAUUGGAUUUUCAUUUGCUUUUGUAAUUAAUCGACGUAGAGGCGGAGUACAACCCAUGGGGAGUUUUCAUUCGCAUUAAACACUUGAGACACUUUUGGAUUUAUGAAAGCAAACAAUUUAUCUAAAAUAUUGGAAUAGAAGCCAUGUGUUAUCCAGCGCUGGUUGUUUUGCCUUAUUACAUUGCUGAGAAAAGCAUUUUCCGCUUUGAUAAGACUUCAUUUGUGUUGUCUCGAAACAGUUGAUAGCGUGCAAAGGUAGCUUUAAAAAUAUAAUCCAUGUCAUCGAUCGGGUCCAUUUUUGGGUUUGAAACCUUUGUCCCAAGGUAAUCCUAGCCUUGGUGAUAUGUUUUGUGAAGCUGAUGUAUAGCGAAUGUUUGUCCUUUGAGCAGUGUUCAAACUAUCCUUCGUGUUGGAAAAUAGUUUUUACUUAACGUCUCACAAGAUUUAAUUAGUAUAUCAACGUUCAUGUCAAUAUUUAAAUAUGAUAUUUUUUCUCUCUUUGCUAUAUGUUUUCCAUACGAGUUUGUUUUUCGUUGAGGGUAAAGUCGUCUCCCCAGUGAAUCGCGUGACCAAGCAAGCCAACGUGUUACGGCAUAAUGUUAUUCGCGACGACAAUUUAAUUUAGAUACCGCCUUUUUGGGGUAUGAUUUUCUUUCAGCCAGUGUUUAUUAUGAUAAUAUCGUAAUUGAUUUGUUACCAAAUCAAAGACACAAAUGUCAACAGAAAUCAAUGUAUUAAAUAUUAUUGAGCUUUUGUUUGAAAAUUUACAAUAUCCACAAACAGGCACGUAAUUUUUUACGUUGCUCUUGUUACGCGGAUUGCAUAAGUAGCCGGGCGGGCCGGGUUUUUAUGUUCUUCGAAAUGGAUUCGAAACCCCGUUGGUUUACGCUAGUGUCCGCUAGGCGGAGUUAUUGAUUGAAUGAAAUGUUUUGAAUGGCAGCGUUUUGAACAGCUGUAGAGCACAAUUAUUCAUUGUUUUUAAAUUUUCUAUUUCUUCUGUUGUAUAAUAUUUGUUGUUAAAAAGAUUGUUGUCCACACCUGCGGUCAGUUUCUAUUGUUAUCACAGAUCUUAAUUCGAAACCCGCAUUUGUUUUCGAAUAUGCUUCGGCUGCGAUAUGUCAGACUUCGGGUAUGACGUUUAUAACCGGAUUGAAUUCUUCGUAAACAUUCAUAACAGUCAAUGUGCACAAAACUCUGUGUUCCGUGGUUUUAUGAAAUUUCGGUGUGAUUUUGCUAUCCAGUUCGCGUGUUUUUUACUACUAAUGUUUUGUGAUAUUCCGUAUUACAUGUAUCUCUUGAGAAUGUGAUCGAAAUGGUUGUGCAAAGUUUUAACGGAAUCAGGCAAGAAUUCUGUUACAUGGAAUUCUAAGUUUAUCUGUGCUUACACUACAAACAAUACCGUGACUGUCGUUAAAUGUAAGGUAAAGAAAGUUUUCAAAGAAAAGAGAAAAAACCCUCAAAACGGCCCGGAAAUGCUCUCCCGUGCAGUGAAUGUGUUUCGUAAGAAAAAGUCUCGCAAAUCAUCCAGCUUGACCGUAAACGAUGGUGAAGAUCACGGCACGGACACGAACGCAAGUGAAACGGAAACCGAACCGGACGAUUGUAGUUGCCGCUCGGAACCGAUGCUACCGGCAUCCAUCUCACCAUCCACCACACGUCUGCAGGACAGUUCACCCGCUUCCUCCACCGAGUACUUCCAAGAUGGUCCCGACCAUCGUAAGGAAAAUGAUUGGGUUACGAGAAGGAAAAAGCAUCCGCGCAAAGAAGCAAAGGAGAGCAUCAAUGAUGACGAUGAUGUCGAGCAUCGGAGUUCAAGCAUCGCCUCAACGCUCCUGUCCACUAUUCGUCGCGCUCGGUCGCGAUCUCGGUCUCGGUCAAUCUCGUCAUCCGUCGCAGCUGACCGAAGUACACCCAAAUUGCUUCCCACAUCGAAAAGUACGCUAAGUAGCCAUCGUGGUGGUGAUGGUAGUGGUGUCGCUUCUUCCGCACUGCACGGGGAGGAACACAUUGCACCGGCCACUGUUGUCAGCUCGGUCAGCUUCGCAUGUGACACGAAGAGGCACGGUGGGGCAAGGGAGGGACUGUCCGAGGAUCACCACAACCGAUCGCCAACAACCCUUUCCACUGGUAAUGGGGGUGGGCUGGUGGGGGAUGUUGAGCGACGAGGUGAAGGAAAAUGGCAAGUCCUAUGCGGUAACCGAGUGAGCCAAAUGACCCGCGCGUACGAUGACAUAGAUGCUGUAACGCGCCUGCUGGAAGAAAAGGAAAAGGACCUCGAGCUAACCGUACAGAUCGGUAAGGAGUUACUAGCACAGAAUACGCACCUCGAGAACCGGGUCGCCGAGCUGGAGCAGGAGCUAAAAACUACCAACGAAAACCGGGCGCAGCUCUCGCACGAGCUGCAUCAGAAGAUCGAACUGAUCGGAAUACUGACGAACGAUGCCGACGAUACCAGUGAGAAUGUCACACCGACGGCAUCGAAGUCGAUCAACUUGGAGCUGCUGCAGCGGAAGGUUAAACAGUUGGAAGACGAAAACAAAUCCCUACGCACGGAAACCGCCCAGCUAGUGAAGGAAACGGACGAGUGCGAGGAGCAGGAACGCAGGCUGAUGGCGGAUAUCGCGAACCAGCUGACAACGGCCAAUAGCGAGUUUGACGGUUUAAAUUUGGAACUCGAACGACUGAAGGAGGAGAACCGGCUGCAGCAUGAACAGAUCAUCAGCCUUACAGGCCGGCUCGCGGAAGCCGAGAUACGACUGCAUCAGCUGACAUCCGAGAACGAGGAGGCGUCCUCGCUGCUAAGCAUCACCAAAGAAAACCAGAACCUGCUUGCCGGCGAGCUGGCGGAAUUCAAGUUACGCUACCAGGAAGUGUUAAAUCUGUUGCAAGAAACGCAGGAACAGCUACGCCGUCAGCGUAAACGUUCGCAACCGCUCGCACGCAGUUCACUUAUACCGGGCAUUACGGGAAUGCCUGCCGCACCGGAUUCGCUACAAUCGGAACUGAUGGAAACGUCCCUAUACUCGGAGCACAGUCUCGAUUCGGGUAUUGAUUCGGUGCGUGGCGUUGGUCUCGGUGGUGGUUCGAUGAUGGGUGGCCUAAUGUCUGGUUCGGGCGCACAGCAACAACUGCCCGGCUACCGGAAGGUGUUCGAAACGGUGCGCUCCGCUAGUCGUGCGAAUCCGAACGGAUUUAGUGAUAGUUUCUCACAACUCGGUUCGAUGACGAUGAGUUCCUCCUCGCAGCCACGCAUGGCACCGUACGUGUAUCCCGGACUGGGUGGUGCUACCGGCCACGCUAGUGGCAAUGCCGGAAUUACAACAAUGACACACUCGUACAAGAGCGGUUCUUCCGUGUACAGCACAAUGUACGGUGGUGGCAGCUCACUCGGUGGGCGGUCUUAUUCGCGCGAGAGUCUAACGGCCGAUUCCGAAGAUGGUUAUCCGGGUCCGGCACAAACCGGCAUCCCCGGUGCGCCGGGUGCGAAGGAUCUGGAGGCGGCACUGAAACGUCUUACCCCAGCGGAAGUGCUCGCAAGGCGCGCGAUGUUGCAACACGCACCGCUCGGCACGUACAGCUACGACGAGCAACCGACGGGCAUUCCGCUUGGAUGCCGCACACCGGACAGUAUUAUGUCGACCGGCUCGUCCGGGCUUUCGGGGCUUUCGUCGUCGGCAACGGGUAGCGGUAAUGGGCAGUGGCGUCUUCCAGAGAAGCUACAGAUUGUGAAACCGAUCGAAGGUUCGCAAACGCUUCAUCACUGGUCGCGGUUGGCGACACCAACGCUGAGCGGCCUGCUCGAGGAGCGCCCGGGCGUUACGAUACGCGGUGGACGCGGACUGGACGAACUCGGUCUACAGACAUACUCGCUGUCGGACGUCGAGGAGGACGAAGAUACCGAGGACCAUCCGGGCAAGCGGUUCCAAUCGUUCGGCUGCACGUACACGUACACCAACAGCACCGUACUGCAUCCGGACGAUGGUACGACGGCAGUCACAUUCAGCUUGCCGCCUUCACAAAUGUCCUCCCAGAUGGCAUCAGAGUGUCCAACACGACAACCGACCGCUCCUUCAACACCGCGCUCGAGUCUGUCGCGUCGCAAUUCCUGUUCGACGUUCAGCGUUAACAUGGGACUGGCGUCAAUGUUGAACGAACGUGGCAUUAAAGCGGUCACACCCAGUGCACUUAAUACGCCCGCCGGGCCAAACUUUUCACCCACGGUGACACCCUGCAAUAGUCCCGAUGGCUCACCUACUCGUUCAAUGUCACCGGAACCACCACUCCUGUCAGGUUUGUUAGCAUCGACUGCUGAUAUCCUUCGCAAACGAUUCUCCGCAUCAACCAGUGUUGCCAGCGGUAGCGCUGCCCAUGGUUCCGCAACCGAUCCUGCCGAUCGGCCAUCGAGAAUUAUAUCCCGCAAUAAGGUCGCACUGUCCCGGCUAGAGAAGAAAGCGCUACGCUCAAUUAAGAUCAUGGAGAAGGUGGAAAGUAUCGGGCUGGAGAAUAUAAUGCUACCACCCCAACAUCCUCCAGGCAUUAGUCCGCUUGCCCUGCACGGUACAUCCGCGCUCUACACUGCGGCAUCAACCGGCCGUGGUCGAAGCCCGAUGGCACAACUAACCAGCCUAAAGCACCUACGCAAGCAGCAGCAACACCAGGACGAUCUCGUAACAAUCGAUAAGGAAACGAUCAAAGCCGUACUGACGAAGGGUCUAUCGCACGAUAGCCUUAAGAGUAUGGCUUCAUCGUCCGGUGCUAGUAGCGGUAUCAGUACGGCCAUGUCCUCCGAUUCCGACAGCUCGUCCGUAGCAAGCUUUGAAUCGGAACCUCGUACGAAGGAAACAAUGGCCAGCUCGGGUGCUACGGCUUCACCAACGACAGCGGCACGACUGAAACAGAUGCAGCGACAAAAAUCACGCCGCAAUCUACUGAACGGUGCUAACGGUGGAUCGCAGCGGCCAGAUCUGGGCACGGUGAACGGUUCCAACCGUCCCGGUGUACGACCCGACCUUGGUACAGUGGGUAACAAACAAACAGCAAAGACGACCAGCAGUGGUAGCGGUAAAGACGGUCGCAAACAGCAACAAUUAGCAGCCGCGCCAUCAACGACGGUGGCAUCACAAACGACGGCGAAGGAGGAAAGUCGUUCGCUUGGUCAAAGCGUGUACGGUACGAUCAGUUCGUUGCUAUUCGGACGCAAAGGUGGUUUGCUGUAAUAGGACCGAACUGCCGCUAGAAAGUGAAAGCGAUACAAGGACCAGAACAGAUCCGAUUGUAGUUGAUUGGGUAGUUAUAUCCAUUUCGAUUCAUCAUGCCACAAAGUUUAUCCACCUUUAUUAAUUUCUUUUUUGUUUCGCGUACCGUUUUAACAAACCGAUUGUUUCCUAUUUAAAUAGUAUCCACACGUAAUUCUUAAGUUCACCUAUUUCUACCAUGUUUUAGUAGAUCCCGUACAUAAACAUUACGCACACAUAUACAAAACAAAAAUCCUUAACGAACAUUAACUCUUGUUUUCACUCCAUCAGUGCGCAGUUGUACAGACGCAUUAUUCUACUAUUUGUUUUUUAAAUGUUCUUGAUGUUGAAGAACAAAAGAAAUUCGGACUCCCAAACCCGCGUUAGCUGCCGUUAUUUUCCCUCUACAAGAUAUAGUAAGCACGAAAAGAGCCAGCAAGCUUCAUCGGAACUCUCUUAUAUACUGCCCCCUCCCCCAUCAUCGCUGUUGUUAGAUAGAAAUUUCAGUAUUCUUAAAUAAAUUCAUGGUGCUUUCGUUUGGUGGUGCUCCUGCAGAAGUGUAUUAGCUCAGCUUCAAGUAGAAUCAAACAUUCCGGCGUGUCCAGUGAAUAUGAUGCCACCGAGAACUGAUACCGCCCGACGCGGUGGUAUGUUUAGUGUACACAGAGUGCAAGCAAAACAAUCUCUCUACUUUCAGAAAAAAAUGUGCCUCUUUGUGAGCAUGUUCCUUUACAAAGGAAUUUAUUUUUCAUACAGAAUGUUUUUUUAAAGCCUUUUCUGCAUAUUAUUAUUACAACCAUACAAUAAUUUGCUUCGGAGUAAGUUUGCUGCAAUCCUUAAAACGCAACUACACUCCCAGUUCCUAGUCUUGAUCAAUGAGCUAUAUUCUACGCUCAAAAUAAACCUGCAGUUUGAGAUGUUGUUGGCGAUGAAUUAUGGCUUUUCGUUGCUUACUUUAACAGUAGUAGUAAUUAGGUGCGGGGGUCGGCAUCACUAAUACACACGGUGGCGCAUCACUAAUACUUAUGGGCGGCACAUGGUUCAGUAAAGCUUCGUUUUUUACACAUCACAAUUAGAAUGUUUGGAAAAGAGUAACAAAACUGGCGUAUAUUAGAUAAGCAAGUCUUUUUUCUUUUAUAAUAUCUAAACAUUAUUUUGUUCUUUCUAGUCCAAUCAACAACGAAUAUAGUUUAAUGAUUUUUUUUUUGUCAUAAAUCAUUAUUGUGAACAUCUUCCUCCUUCCCAAAACGCAAUACGGUAACUCAUUGAUCGAAUUACAGAAAUUUCUCACACGCUACUAAUGGUUUAUGUCCGGUUCCGAACCUUUCCCUAAACCAUCUGGAAAAGCUCGUGCAACCUCAUAGAUGGACAGAAAUCAAUUAAAGUGAAGAAUUUUACUAAUCAGUUAAUAGCAGAUAAAGAUAGUGAUCUCCAUCAUUCUUUUCCAUCUUCUUUCUUUAUCUUAAGAUUUUCCAUGCACAAUUAACUGAUCAAUUUACUAUUUUCCAUCCUGCACUACUUAUUGCACGCUGUAUAACAACAUCAACUUCUAAAAUAUAUCGACACACGAUAUAGCUUUUUUGUAGAACAUAAAUUAUGCAAACUUUUAACUGCUUCUUUCGCGGUGGAGUAUAAUGCGCAACAGUUAAAAUAGACGCGAUCACUAGAAGAACGUAUUGCGAAUGGGAAGGAGGACAUUUGAAAAAAAAACCUAAUCACCUAAAAGCAUACAUUUUGUACACUACUUUAUUCAUUCUUUUUUUCUUUAUUCUGUUUAAAUUAAUUCGAUUAAAAGAGAGACAAAAGAGAGAGAGAUAGCGAGACACAUCUAGCAAGCCGAUAGUUACUUUAGUUUUGUUUCUGUUUCAAAGUGCUAAAAACAGAAAGUAGAUAGACAACCAUACUAAAACGACGGAACGGAGCACAUUUUGUAUGAGAGGGUUUUGUUUUAAUGCGUGUAGUAGCUUACAAUCGGUCCGCAAAAAAGGGGAAAGGCUAAAUAAUUAGGACUAAUAGAAGGUUUUGUCGUCACCAUUACAACUUGCUUGCGUAGGUUCGUAUUCUAUUUCUUUAAUAUUCUGAACGGGAAACAGAAAUACGCGCACACAUUAAAGGUAGCAAAAAAAACGUGAAGGAUAACGUGAAAACGAGGCACAAUAGCGUGGCCGAAUAUCCGUAUGGUUUUUUUUUCAUGGUUUGUAUUAUUUCUCUAAAAGGUGCUGUGAAAGGAGAAGAGAGAAACAAAUGGAAACGUAUCGAAGGAGGCGUUAAACGAAUGUAAAAGGUUAUGUGAUGAGGAAAUGCAGUGGUUAGCAUGAAUGUUGAAUCAACAUCUGUUUGUUGCUAAGGACAGCAGAAAGAGAGAGGCCUUUCAUAAAUUUGUGUUUUGUGCUGUACGUUGUUGUUUGAAGUGGGGAUGAUGUGUAAAUAGAGCAAUACAGUUGAAGGCUAAUACACCCAAGACAAGAAACGCGAAAACGUGCUAAACAAAACCUACGGUUGAUAAGAUUAAACACACAUACACUUACAUACUAGAAUGCAGGAAAUUGUGACGAAAAAAAUCUGAAACACAAGAAUAAGUUUGCUGCUGCUAUGUAGAUAAUUAUUAAACUAGAGGAAAACAAAAAGGGAAAACAAAUUCACAAGCAUAUAAAAAAGCUAAUGCAAAAUGAAACGCAUGAUGAUGGAUCGCACACAAAAACAUCAUGUGAGUAUGAAACGAUGAAAAAGGAAAAGUUUGUUGUUACAACAACUCCCCCCCAUUAUUGCAGAAUAGCUGUAACAAGAGAAAGUUAAGUAUUUAUUUUUAUAUAGAUCGAAAUGGCAGAAUAAAGAUACGAAGUAAUUAAAAGCAAA